AUGUCAGCUGAAAGGACGUUUUCAUUCACGUAUCUUGGCCGUUUUACGGCUCACAACUUCGGCUACUCUACAACUGAUGCAAUUCACCAUCAACUAGUGGAGUACUAUAUUGCCUACCUUAAGCAAGCACUAGAAAACCAGAUCCCGUUCAGCAAGCUCGACAUUCAAAAUCCUAUUGAAUCACGCCUCGUUUCUCUGGAGGAUGAAUGUCUUAGUGUUCGAAGUUGGCGAUAUCGACGCUACGAUGCGGAAGGGACGCUAAUUAACGAACGGGACGUAUAUAAAAUUGAGCGCAUAGUAAUUUGUGAUUGCUUAUGCUUUGAGGUCGUUCAAUCUGCCUCACACAGGAACUCGAGUGUCUGUUUCGCCUACCUUCGUAGAGCGUCCGACUCUAGACACACCAUUCCUGAAUCCAAUUUGCACGAACUCGAUGUUCCGCUAAGCACCUGGCUACUCAAAUACCGGCGUUUUCCCAGGCCUCCGCUAGUUGUUAUAGCAAUACGACGCGCUUAUGGUGAACAAAACGCAGUCGACCUACUGGUCUUCCUUGCUCCAAACCUAACUGUUGGCCUUGACUUCGUCAAGUCUGCCACCGAAUUAACCUGUCGAGCAGGAUUAAAACAACUCCGAAAUUCUCUUGCCUAUGGUGAAAACACUGGCAGCGCAUGUUACUUUUUGGCUGUUCGGUGCUCCUACACCAUAUCGUAG